AGUGACAAGACUCUCUAUGGUCGGUGCAAGUAAGAUGCAGCUCGGGCAGGAGUUGCAUUCUUUCAAGAUUAAGUCGGGUGAGCCCGUGACCAUGUAUGUGGGUCAAGCAAACGAUUUGUAUGGGAACUUGGUCGCCAACCGUUCAGAGAUGAAGCCGGAUGAGUUGGCAUGGACCGUGCUUGUGGGAUUGCCCAAGACGUUCGGUACUGUGAGAAGAAUCGUAGAGGCUUUGAAGAGUGCCAUUAGCUCGGUGGAUGCGACUCUGCCCACGCUCUUGGUGCAUAAGCAGGGGUUUGAGGAGUCGCCCAAGGCCAAGGGGCGGCGGUCGGACUCCGCUUUGGCCUAUGUGGCCGGGCGGAUAGCGAACAAGGAGACGUGCCACGGCAAAGAUGAGAGCCGGGGCAAAAGGCCCCAAAUGCUACCAUUUGGGUCACAUUGCCCGGAAGUGCAACAAGGCAGAGAAGCGGGAACACAAGCCGGAGCAAAAAAAGGGGGGGAUUCGUCGUUUAGCCCAAUGAUGGACAACGCUUUCUUUGAUUGA